AUGCAGGCACGCUUGUCAGUUGAGGGUGUCUUCCUUGUACUCAAGUUAUUUUUGCAAUAGAUAAAUGCAAGACAGUAGACAAAUAUAUAGGACGAUAGAGAAUUUCCAGCGCGAUCAGAAUAUACUUAGAGCUGAUCAAAAGUUUUGAUCACGGUGUGAGAAGGGGAGGGCGGAAUCACCGUUCCACGAACUUUUGAUCAACCCUAAGUAAUUUUGUUAAAUUUGCCUAAUAUAUUUCAUGACUAAUAUUUGUUUUUCUAAUAAUGGAGCAAUAGUCAUUUUUUAACUUUUUCUAACAAUUAUGCACUAUCAAGAUAAAUACUGUUUAACAGAAAUGUUGAGAUAUAAAUUCAUUUUCGGCUAUAAGCGUAUUUCUGUGAAAUAUGAAUGAUAGUUUUAUAAUGAUCAACAAAAUCUACCAAAAUCAUUAUUUUCUGUUCUUUUCAAAAUAUGAAUUUCUAAUAUAGAAGAACAGUUCUUCGUUCUUCCUAGAAAUAUUGUCUAUUAAGAGGAUAAACUGCUAGAAUCGAUAAAGAUCAUAGAGGUAAACACUACUUUUUAGAAAGGACUUGAUUCAAACGACAAUUGACAGAAGCUUUUUUCUUCAGAAUACAAGCGGAAAAAUAUUUCAUUAUAGCAGAGCUGGACAAGUCACAAGUCAAGUGAAGUCACAAAUAAAAAUUUCAAGUCAAGUCAAGUUAUCCCUUGACAUUUUUUCUCCCAAGUCAAGCCAAGUCAAAUCUGGUUAAAGUUAGGCAGAACAUAAAAUUUGCUAGCACCUUUUGGAUGAGAGAGAGUUUUUAUACUCUCUUUCAUGGAAGAAAAAGUCUAAUUUAAACGAAAAUCUCUUACUAGAAAUGACUUGAAAAAAAUUUCUCAAUUCCAGUCAAGUCAUACACCCAGAAAAUUUUUGACCAAAAUUUUUGACUUGACAUGCCUAGCUCUACAUUAUAGUAUUCUAAACUGAAACUAUCAAAAAAAAAAACUCAUCAAAACUAACAAAAUUAUUUCUGUAAAAUUCUAAUUGUUUUCUAUGAAUUGUUUUAGGUGUCGUGUUUCUCAUUAUUUUUCUAUUCAAUCAAUUCAAAUGUCAAUUUUGACAUUAACAAAUUAUCAUUUAAAUAUUAGUCAUGAGCCAAUUAGUCGUUCAAUGCGUGAACUUGAUAUUAAUGUUAUCGUAACACAAACAUUUGAUUCAGAUGAAAAUGAUCAAUUUCUCGUUGAUUUAGCUACAAUUGAAUUUUUAAUUGAUCAAAAUCGUCUCUAUCAAUCACAUAAUAAUUCUUUCGUUAAUUUAACAAUUGAUUGGUUUGUUAUUUUACCAUCAUCUACAAAUGAUUCAUUAUUGAAUGAGACUCAAAAUGAUGUGCUCCUAUUUCGUGUACCUAUAAAUGUACGAAUUGAUGAUAUACAAACAAUUGUGGCUAUCACGGAUACUACACUAGCAUUUAAUACCGCUAUAUUAUCAGCAACAACUGUUCAGUAUCCUUUACGAAUAUUAAGUGUAAAUUAUUCCGGUUUUAUUGAUGAUCAAAUUCAAGCAAUAUGUCAUACAGAUUCUCCACAUCUUCUGCAAGUUGAUCAAUAUUGUACAAAUUAUUAUUUUUCUGGUCAUGAAAGAGGUUGGAGUGGUAUGAGUACUAGUUCAAAAAUUAUCUAUAAAUAUGGAAAAUAUUUACGUUAUUUGGAUAUUCGUGUCUAUAUGCCAGAUAAACCGUUACGAUUAGAAUUAAGUGAUCAAAUUUUAAGUAGAAUACAUGGAUGGUUUGUGAAAGAUAGAGGAUUAAAUUUAAAAGAAAUUCAAUUUGAGAAAGAAAAACGACGACAUCAAAUUAAAAAUAAAUAUAAUAAUAUUGAUGUUAUUGACGAUGAUGAUGAUGAUGAUGAUGAUGAGAAUACACGUUGUUAUGCUGUUUAUCAGCAAGCAAUGGUUGAUGUGUAUACAAAAUUUUAUACAAUGAAUGAUGAUGGCAAUCGUGGAUAUCUUUUCAAUAAUUUAGAUGUACAGAUAACAUCGUUUGUUCGUCUUCAUAUGGAAACAGACGAUAAUCAAAUUGCGAUGAUCAAAGAUGGAAAAGUGAUUGGUGUUGGACCGGGAAAAACAAAUGUCAAAGUAUGUACCACGUUGAAACUCUUGUAUAGAAUACGGUACUGGAGAAAAUUAUAGAGCCACUGUAUUUUUGAAAUUUUUCGAUGAAGCCGAAUGGCUAGAUCAAAUCUGAAUAGUGAUUUGGAUAGCCCUGAAGUUCUCUAUCAAAUGAAGUAUGCGUUAAAAUUCCAGAAAAAAGAUUUUGAAGAAAGUUUUCUAGAAAAACCCUCUAGCGGAGCUCUAAGUCCUAGAGAAUUUUGCUAAAAAUAUUUUCCAUAUAGCCACCUAAAAGAGCAUAAAAUUCUGAAAAAAAAUGAAGCGUGGGCCAGCGCCGCCGGGGUUUUUGGGGGGUAGAUUUACGGCGGG